AUGAAAUUCACACACAUCUCAGCCUUUACAAUUGCAGCCUUGGCCACCAGUGUCCAUGCCAUUUUGCCACAACCCAGCGAGACAAUCGAAUCUGUUGAUCCAAGUUCAAGUCUAAAUAGCCAAAGUGUUCCACAAGCAACAGGUGGUCCGGAAUUUCCGAGUACUUCGACAACUCAAGGUCCUGGCGGCAGUCAAGGCGAUCAUUCAAACCAAACUCCCGGAGCUCGUCUAAAGUCUUAUGAUCUCAGUGGGACUUUACGUGGUAUUGGAAAAAAACACAAAUCUGGUCAUCAAAAAGCCAAAAAGCACCAAAAUCAACGAGGUGGCUCGAUUGAUUCACUAUUGAUGUUAGUUGUAAAUACACCGGGAUUUUUACAAAUGAGCUAUCAAGGUGGUGCUCAUGGAUCCACAUAUCUUUCUGGAGAAAAUUCAAGGCAGCAUCAACGUAUUGGUAAAGCAAUACUGAAAGGCAUAAAUUCUAGAGUACACCCCGAAGUAAAAGAUUUUAGAGAAAAGUUAUCUAAAUAUUGGCUUGCUCUUGGAAGAUAUGAAGCAUGGGUUCGCAAUAUUUUAGAUUGUCUUCAAAGAUUUAAACCCAGCGAACUAGUAUCCAAUUUUAUCGAGGAGCUUGCAGAGAUUUUGAAAAAUAUUUUGGAGGCGAUCGGAAAGUUUAAAAAGGGGAUUUAUCGGGAAGUCUCCAGCCUUAAUAAGGAUUCAAGUCUGCUCAGGAAUACGAUUGACAGUAUAGAGAUGCUGAUAAGUCAAUUUACGGGCGGUCAAAUGAGUGUACAAGAACCCUUGAUAGAACUGUUCGAGCGUUAUGGUGAGGUUGACUGGUACGAAACAUAUCUUGAGAGAGAACUCAACUCAUGGCUCGAAGGUCUUGGAUUAGUAAUGUUUGGAGGUAGUCCAAUUGGCAGAUCUACAGAAAGUCCAAACGGUGGAUAUGCAGAAAAUCCAAACGAUGGAUAUGCAGAAAAUCCAAGCGAUGAACAAAAUCCAAGCGAAGAGAAUCCAAGCGAUGAACAAAAUCCAAACAGCGGAGAUAAUGUAGACGAUGAACAAGAUGUAGACGAUGCAGUAAUCUAUGGAUCAAGUGGUGAUACAUACAUGCAGUAA